AGUCCAUACUCUCUGUUGCUUUGCUCUUUGCCAUUAAUGCUUCUUGCUCCUGAAAUGGAGGAAACAAGGAGACUGCUAGAAGAUAAAAAUAAUGAUCAGAAGGCCGUGGUAGGUGAAGAUGAAGCUGCGGUCCGGGACCGACGCAGGCCGAUUUUUCGAAGAAAAUGGACAAGUUUAGACAAACGUUCUGCAGGUGCUCUUCUGGUUAUGCAUUUGCUUUGUCUCUUGGCACCAUUUCAGUUCACCUGGCCAGCCUUCUGGCUUGCCUUUGUACUCUACAUUAUCACAGGCCUGUUCGGGUUGACGCUCUCAUACCACCGACAUCUCACGCACAAGAGUUUCAAACUUCCCAAAUGGCUAGAGUACACGUUUGCUUAUAUUGGAGUCCAUACUUUUCAGGGUGAUCCAAUUGACUGGGUGAGCACGCAUAGAUAUCACCAUCAGUUUGUUGAUACUGAAAGAGAUCCACACACUCCGACGCAAGGUUUCUGGUUUGGUCACAUUGCUUGGAUAUGGGAUUCUUAUGGCCUGACUAAAAAGGUUUGUCCAAAAUAUGUUCGAGAUUUUGAGGUAAGAGAUGGAAAACGAAGUCGUCUAAGAAACAUGUUUGUGGGAUAUUUGAAGUAUGGAAGACCAAACAAUGCGGAGGAUCUACAAAAACAGGCCUUUUAUAGGUUUCUUCGAAGAACAUACAUUCUUCAUCAUGUUGGUCUUGCAGUUGUCCUCUAUGCAGUGGGAGGCCUUCCCUUCCUUGUUUGGGGAAUGGGUGUGAGGACUGUAUGUUUUCAACAUGUCACUUUCUCUGUGAACUCUUUAGGCCACAUGUGGGGAAACCAACAAUGGAACACUGGCGAUCAGUCGAGAAACAACUGGGUGUUGGCAAUGCUUAUAUUUGGGGAGGGGUGGCAUAACAACCACCAUGCAUUUGAGUAUUCAGCUCGACAUGGGUUAGAAUGGUGGCAGCUAGAUGUAACUUGGUGGGUUAUCYUGUUGCUUCAAGCUCUAGGGUUGGCGACUGAUGUGAAAUUACCCUCUCAAAAUCACAUGCAAAAGUUGGCCAUUCAACCAAAAUAUGAGUGAAUGAUCGAUGAUACAAACGCUUUGUCAUUUAGUCGAUGAUAAAAAAUGUUUGUUUACUUAA